AUGAGCGACCACGAGCAGCAUGACGAGCACGAGCGCGAGCACGAGCAGGGCGACAACGAGCCCAAGAAGGGCAAACAGGGCUCAGGCAAGCGGCUAAAUGACCGCCAGCGCGUGGAUAUCAUCCAAAUGGCUGAGAACAGUAAGAUCUCCAAGCGCCAAUUGGCUGAAAAGUUCGGCGUGAGCGAGGCAGCGAUCCGCAAGCUUUUGCGCAAGAAGGACGACUUUCUGCGGCGCUACUACGAUACGCCCGAGGAGCUCCGUGACCAGCGUCUUCGCGGCAAGAGCACACACGAAUCGGACAGCAGCGGCGUCGGUGUUGGCAACGGCAGUGGCUCGGCACCGUAUUCAGGCUCUACCACGCCCAGAAGAGCUUCGCUUGGCAGUGGCUACCCACACAACAAGAGUAUGUACCCACCCGAUGACCCGUGGAAGCAAGGGCUGCACGCUAUGCUGGCUAAAGUCACUCCUUUCCUUAAGAACUUCACACAAACCAAGAGCCAGCAUCACACGCUCGAUACCGCGCUGGCUGCUGAUCAGACAGGUGCAGAAGCUGCUCCUAACGAUGAAGAUACUGAAGAGCUGGACUGGAUCGGCUUCUCGCGGAUGCUGCGUGACAUCCGACGCGCGUUCCAUCGAUACCCGGAGACAGGAUACCAGGAGUUCCGCACUCAGGCAUUUAUCAGGCGGUUCUGCGAGCAGGCGCUGCAUAUCCCGGGCAAGAACAUCCGUGAGAUGGCAUCUACCGGACUUAUCGUAGACGUUUGCUACGAUAACGCCACUAUUUCUUCCUCGGACAAGCGCAAGCUGCCUGUACUCGCCUUCCGUGCUGACAUGGACGCGCUACCGAUUGAAGAGCUAAACGACCAUUUGCCCUACUGUUCCACUCAAAAAGGUGGACACAAAGAACUUCGCAAACGCAAGAAAAGAAAGAGUUCAACGCCUCAAGCUUCUUCACCCAAGAAGACACAGGAGGAAGACCACGCUGGAGAGACUUCCAGUGACGUGAGACCCGAUGUGAACAUGGAUACACCAACAACUCUGCUACCUGCUCCGUCAACCAUCACAACCACAACCAUCGGAGCUCCGCCUGCACCCAAUGCUGGCGACGAUGACGAGGAGUUCCAGAUCUCUACUGCUGCAGCGCACAUGUGUGGCCACGACGGUCACAUGGCGAUGGUAUUGGGACUCUGCGCGAUGGUAGUGCGUAGUGCGCACAUGCUUCCUCAGGAUACCUUUGUGCGCUUCCUGUUCCAACCUGCUGAAGAAGGCCCUGGUGGCGCCAUGAAGAUGAUCGAGGAUGGAGCGCUUACCGAUGUGGACGAGGUGUACGGAUGCCACAACGCUCCUUUCCCGUUGUACAGUAUCCAUGUGCGUCCUGGAGCGGUCAUGGCGCACGAAGUAGAGUUCUCUAUCGAUAUCCACGGCAUUGGAGGCCACGGAUCUGCGCCGCAGCAGUGUGUGGAUCCGAUUCUGGCAGGUUCAGCUGUGGUGCAGGCCCUCCAGUCCGUUGUGAGUCGCUCUCUGUCGCCUAUGGACACGGCCGUGGUGUCGGUCACUCAGUUCCGCGGAGGUGACGCGAACAAUGUGAUCCCGUCCCGCGUGUUCCUGGGCGGCACCAUCCGUGACUUUGAUCUCCAAAUUGCCGAAAAGAUCAAAGAGCGUGUGGCCAAAUUGGUCCAUUCCACGUGUGCAGCUUACGGUGCUACGGCCAGCGUUCACUUCCUGGAUGGCUACGCUCCUGUUAUUAACCCGCAAGUGGAGACUCGACAGGUGCAGCAGAUUGCGAUGGACAUGGGGUUGUAUGUGAGCGAGGAAGGUUUACCGCUUAUGGCGGCUGAGGAUUUCUCGUAUUUCCUUCAAGAACGCAAGGGCUGCUACUUCUUCUUGGGCACAAGAGAAGACGGAGACCCGGAGAAGAUGCGCGCGCUGCACUCGAACCACUACGACUUCAACGACAAGGCCAUCCCGCUCGGCAUCCGGUUGUUCAUGGGCAUCUUGCAAUCGCGUUUCAAGUGCGAAUUGUACACGUUCGAGGAGAUGCAGGCCUUCCAAGUGGCCAUGGAGCGCGUUAUGAUCAAUGUUACCGUUGUGUAG